GACCUGGACAGCUCCGCCUGCUCAUGACGCAGUCAACUCUCCUCCUCCUUCUUCUCCUCCUCAUUCUCCUCCUCCUUCUCUUCUUCUUCGUUGUGGAAACAGGCCGAGGACCGACUCCAGGAGAGACCCCAACCCCAUGAUGUCCUGUCCUACUUCUCGCGCGAUUCUAUUGCUGAGAUUCGCCUUGGAUCCCGGACGAAGCAACGGCAUCACCUUGGGAUGGUUUUUGUAAUCAUAAGAGGCUUCUUUCGCAAGUAUUUGGAUCCAAAAUAGUGGGAUGAUACUCUCGUUUUGUAUCGUAAAAAGAGGCUUCUUUGGCAAGCAGAGAUGAAAACAGACACCGAAAGGAAAUGUACUUCGAGAACAGGAUACUAGAAGGCACCUCCGUGUUUAUAUCUCCGUGGAGAAGAUGUCUAAAGUUCCCAAAUUUUCUGCGACUAUAAGUCUGUGUUGCAACCAUGAAUGAGGUUCUUCCCUUUCCGAAGCACUAGAUUGCGCCUUUCGGUCAGUGCGGCACGUCGGAAGGCGCAACCACAUCCCAACUUUGGAAUAGCGGAGUCGCGAAAAAUGAGCAGCCGUCCGCCUCUAGCCGAGAAGGCGCUUUCGGAGGCUUACGCUCGCCUCCGGUACCGGGACACUUCCCUCCUCAUUUGGCAGCAACAGCAGCAGAAACUAGAGAGCCUCCCGCCAGCAACGUACUUAAACCGGAGCCACAGCAUGUGGUACUCGCAGUACGGAAACCAAGCCAUCCUGGUGCGGGAUCGGAACAAAACCGACGUCGCCCGGGACACGGGGCAGUCCAAGUUUUGCACCGUGAUGUGACUUCAAAUGCCGACAAAUUGUCUACAAAGGCAGCUUUAAUACUACUUGAACUUCCAUGGUUCAGUGCCGUAGCAUCCUGGGCAUUGUAGUGCUCUCGGGCAGACUGUAUCAAACUACAACUCUCGGCAUCCCAUCACAACGAGCCAUGGCACAAACUUGUAUUCGUUCGACAGCGAGAAUAUGUGAGAUAUGCAUUGGAGAAUAUGUGAGAUAUGCAUUGGAGAAUAUGUGAGAUAUGCAUUGGAGAAUAUGUGAGAUAUUAACUCGAUAAUAAAUACUAGGCAUGUGCGAUCCAUCGACAUCCCAUCACAAUGAGCCACGGCAUCAAAUUGUAUUCGUUCGACAGCGAGAAUAUGUGAGAUAUGCAUUGGAGAAUAUGCGAGAUAUGCAUUGGAGAAUAUGUGAUAUAUUAACUCGAUAAUAAAUACUAGGCAUGUGCAAUCCAUCGGCAUCCCAUCACAACGAGCCAACGCAUCAAAUUGUAUUCGUUCGACAGUGAGAAUAUGUGAGAUAUGCAUUGGAGAAUAUGUGAGAUAUGCAUUGGAGAAUACGUGAGAUAUGCAUUGGAGAAUAUGUGAGAUAUGCAUUGGAGAAUAUGUGAGAUAUUAACUCGAUAAUAAAUACUAGGCAUGUGCAAUCCAUCGGCAUCCCAUCACAACGAGCCAACGCAUCAAAUUGUAUUCGUUCGACAGUGAGAAUAUGUGAGAUAUGCAUUGGAGAAUAUGUGAGAUAUGCAUUGGAGAAUAUGUGAGAUAUGCAUUGGAGAAUAUGUGAGAUAUGCAUUGGAGAAUAUGUGAGAUAUUAACUCGAUAAUAAAUACUAGGCAUGUGCAAUCCAUCGGCAUCCCAUCACAACGAGCCAACGCAUCAAAUUGUAUUCGUUCGACAGUGAGAAUAUGUGAGAUAUGCAUUGGAGAAUAUGUGAGAUAUGCAUUGGAGAAUAUGUGAGAUAUGCAUUGGAGAAUAUGCGAGAUAUGCAUUGGAGAAUAUGUGAGAUAUGCAUUGGAGAAUAUGUGAGAUAUGCAUUGGAGAAUAUGUGAGAUAUUAACUCGAUAAUAAAUACUAGGCGUGUGCGAUCCAUCGGCAUCCCAUCACAACGA